AUGAAAUCUUACAGAAACAAAAACUGGAAUAAAAAAUUUAUCCCCUUAAAAGCGUGGGAGUUUUCUUGUCAACAAAUUGAAUAUAGUAAGUUGGAUAUUCAGAGCACCACUUUAUUUUAUGAUCAAAAUGAGAAUGAUAAUUCCAAAAGUUCACAAAAUACGCCGAAUGACUUGUUUGAGAAGGCCAAUGAAACCGAACCUGCAAGAUUGCAAAGUGACGCUCAUAAAGAUAAUGGCAAGGGUCAAAAUACGAGAGAUCAAAAAUUUAGCCACAAUAAUAAUGAUUAUACAAUACUUGAAAACAAUUUGGGCUUCACGAUUCCAGCAACUUCACCAAAUAUGGAUGCCAAAAUGAUUCGAAAUAAAGCUACCAUAAAUUUUGAAUGCAAUGACGAUGGAAUCGAGGUUUUAAUGAAUUUUAUGAGACCCUUCACGGGAAAGGUGUAUACCUUGUUUCAUAAAACCGGUGAAUGUCUAUUCUCUUACUUCCACAAUCGGCUCAUAACAUUUAACAUACCCCUCAGUAAAUGCGGAACUAUCAAAAAUGGAGACUAUUAUAGAAAUAUUAUCGCUAUAGAAUAUCCCAACGAAUUUUAUGGGCAUCCGGCUAUCGUGAAACACAGGAUUCAAUGCCGGCAAAAUAAUUACAUCAAAAAUCACCCGAAAUCGGUAUCUACGGCUGGUCAUUUUAAAACAGAAGAAUUUAUGCCGGCUAAACUUGAACUGAAGUGCCACUCAGGUCUCAUGAAAGUUUUACUCACAAUUGAUGGCACCUCAGCGGAGACUGGUUUUCCGUCCAAACUUUACACCAAAUAUAAAAAGGAUGGAGCCAUAACUUCGCAGCUCAUAUGCGAAUUCACGUCUAAAAUUUUCAAAAAUUUUUAUAACAAUGUUACGACCGUCGAUAUUCCAUUAAAGGAAUGCACCCACGAACAACCAACUAACGUGUAUAAGACCACUUUGUUUGCAGAAUACGCCACAAAUAAGUUAAUUAAUAAAAAUCAGAAUGUGAUAAUGGUAAAACAUAACUUAGUUUGUAAAUAUACGAGUCUUCGAAAUCAGCAGUCUCGUCAAGGUGCUGUAAUUGUUACUCAAGAAACAAAAAAUAUGGAUGUUAAUAAAAAGGAUAAUAAUAAUAAUGAAAAUAUACUGAUUCCUUUAAAUUUCCAAGGUAAUUUUGAAAGGCAACAAAAUCAUAAACAUGGCAGCCAAGGCACUACUAUUGAAUCUUCAACUAAUACACCGGUUACUCAAACCUAUGCAAACAAAAAAUUCGAAAAGAUUUAUGAGGAUUUAUAUCCUGAAGGUUAUAAGAGGUCGCAUUACUUUAAAGAGGGACAUAAUAAUUCAAGGCAAAAUAACUAUGAUAAUACGGAUAUCCCAAAUUAUAAAAUGUUUAAUAAGAAUCAAAAUAUUAGAGCAGAUCUUAAGGAGGUGCCUUUAAUUUCUCUGGUAUCGAUAAUGAACCCAGUAAUUACAAAUCUCGAUAAUAAAACUUCGAUUACCAGAUUUAAUCAAAUGACUCGAUCUAGCACUCAAAAUAAACUUAACCUCAUAAAUGAUAUCAAUGGUAUAGAGCGCUUCACUACGAUAAAUACAAAAAAUAUCAUAGUUGAUAAUCAAAGAUUGAGAAGCUUCGCUAAAGAAUUGAUUCCAAAUAUCGAAAAAAAGGUCUCUGUCGAAAUUGAGGAAAUUAGACCUUUAGAGGGUACUUAUAUACAAAGCAACCAGCUAACCCCAGUUAAUGCUAAGGUCCAACAAUCUCAAAUCGCUACAAAUAAAGAUAGAGCUGAUAGCUUUUUACCUAAUACUAAGGAGGGAAUUCAAGUUCAAGAAGAUAAAGAUAAAAAAAAUUCUGACCUUAGUCAAACUCAAUUUGUAACACCUUUAUCCGUGGGCAUAGAGGCUGGAAUACCUUCUGAUAUACAACCCCCAAAUAUAAACGCGUUUUGCUCGAAAUUCUCUAACACCAUGAACCUUAAAUUAAACUUUCCCCAAAAGUUUUCCGGAAAGAUUAAGGCCAAAGAUAAUUCCUGUAGUUGGAGAGGAAACUUUACUCACAAAGUCAAUAUUGAAAUAAAAUUGGUGGAUUGUGGAAUAAAGAAAGUGGAUGCCAAUUAUUUGUUUAAUUUCGAGAUCGAAUAUUACAGUCCAGAUCUGCCAUUAGUGAUAGGCCGCACAUUGCAUACAUCAAAGUGUGAAACCAAAAUAAUGAAUGAUAAACUGAUAUUUGAAGAGGCAGUGGCUGAUAUAACGGUAUCUAAAAUAAGGAGAAGAAAGUAUAGAGACGUAUCCCAAAUUAAUACUGAAAUCAAUUAUAAAGGUGAUCUUAAAUGUCUCAAAGAUAAAAUAGAAGUAGUUGUAACAUUUAAUAAAAAAGAAAUCAUGGUUGAUGAAAUUAAGGCUGGCGACGGAAAUGAUAAAUGUACUUUAAGAAGCGCUUCGGAGCUCGAAGACAGAAAUAUUAUAUAUGUGCCGCUCAACGAAUGCGGAACCAAACGCCAUGAUUUACCCAAUGGAACUGUAUACUCCAACACUCUUUUCUUAAUUUUUCCAACAUAUUCAAUUAAGCAGCAAAUUAAAUGCGAAUACCCCAACGAAAAACGAAAUCAAAUCAAAGGGCAAAAAAUCAUCAAACCGACAAUUGAACAUAAAUGCGAAUCUAAUGAAAUGGUGAUCUCAAUCCAGUUAAAUGGCACAUUUUAUGGUCUCAUACAUAUUGGAACAGAAGCCGAAGAAUGUGUUUUAUAUGAUGACAAUGGCAACAUUCAUAUAGGAAAUAACUCAUAUAAUAGAGCUCAAAAUUUACAAUUUAGUAUCCCCUUGUCAAAAUGUGGAACGCAACGCUAUGGCAGCAAAUAUACUAACACAUUGUUCAUAAAAAGUGCGGAUGGCAUGUAUAAUCAAGAAAUAUCGAUAUCCUGUAUUUAUAGCGGACUUAUCAAUUUUACUUUUAAAACAUUUUGA